UCAGAAAUGAAUCAACAAUUGACAUUUUGUCAAAUUUUUUUUAUCAUAAUUUAUUUAUAUAUUUAUUUGUACAUACAAUCAUAAAGAAAGAAAAAAAAAUGGAUCUUAUUAACAAAGGUGUUCAACUCAUUCGUCGAUCGACAUUAACAAAGAAGCAUCAACGCUCACAUAGUCAAGAAUCAAAUACUUCAACUUCAUCAUCUUCACCUACUUUAUCAAAGACACCUAGCAUUACUAGUAGCAUCACAAGCGACGAAGGCAGCUGUUAUUCAGCUGGCACUAGUAGUAUAAUGACACCAGGACAAACAUCAAGAAAGAACUCAUCAUCACAUUCUCUAAAUCUCCCUUCUUCCAUGAUGUUCACUCCGAUGAACAAUGGCACAGACAGUCAUCAUCAUUCACCACCUCAUUCACCUGUAAAUAACAAUAAAAAAGCUCCUAUACCCAUCAUUCAGAAAAGCACUCAUUUUGACAACCAUGAACAACAAGAGCCCAUUGUGCCAAAGAGCGCUGUGCCGGACUAUCUUUCUUCUUCACCUACGCAUGCUUCUCCCUUAUCUCCUUUACCUCCACAAGGUGAACAACAAGUUGAUAGCUAUUUUAGUCUUGAUCUAAAGUCCGAGAGCACAGCUGCUGCUCCUGCUCCUCCUGCUUCAACUUUAUCUGUUCCCGAUCAAACUAGUCAAGACUCCGUUACAAUUCCUCCCCGCUCACCAACUAAAUCUCAUUUCACUCCACGACCAGUCCACGUGACACGAGUAAGCACCCAUGCUGUACCUCGUGCAAGAUCAUCCAAUACAAAGCAACGUCGUCAAAAGCACAGAAAAUUAAGAUUAGACGAUUUUGUCCUUAAACGUACUGUUGGCACAGGUUCCUUUGGUCGUGUCCAUUUGGCUCAAAGUAAAGUCAAUGGCAAGCACUACGCUAUCAAGGCACUUGACAAAUACGAUAUUGUCCGAUUAAAACAAGUGGAGCAUAUCAACAAUGAACCUACCAUUUUGAGAGAAAUUUCUCAUCCUUUUUUGGUUACUUUAUGGGAUGCUUUCCAGGACGAUACACACCUGUUUAUGGUCAUGGACUAUGUACCUGGUGGUGAGCUGUUUAGCAUGUUGCGCAAAGAAAAGAAAUUCUCGGAACAGACAGCUAAAUUUUACGCAGCUGAAGUCUUGUUGGCCUUGGCUUAUCUUCACGAAAACGGCAUUGUCUAUCGUGACUUGAAGCCUGAAAAUAUCUUGAUUGAUGCUCGUGGUCAUGUCAAGUUGACUGAUUUUGGUUUUGCUAAACGUGUGGACGACAUGACUUGGACUGUCUGUGGUACGCCUGAUUAUUUAGCACCAGAAAUCAUUCUUUCUAAAGGCUAUACAAAGGCUGUUGACUGGUGGGGUCUUGGUGUCUUGAUCUUUGAAAUGGUGGUGGGCCGUGCCCCUUUUAUCGAUAAGAAUCCCGUGAAUCUGUAUCAAAAGAUUCUCGAAUGCCGCAUUGAUUGGCCUGAAGACAUGAGUCCUGAACUCAAGGAUCUGCUUCAGAAUUUACUCACCAAUGAUAUCGAAGGACGUUUCACAAGUGAAGAAAUCAAGACACAUGCAUGGUUUAAAGACACUAGUUUUGAACAAGUCGUCAAGCGUAAAAACAAGCCUCCGUUUGUACCCAAGGUCAAAGAUGAUGGAGAUACAAAUUGCUUUGCAAAGUACAAAGAACCUGUUCAUCUUUAUGGCCAUAUUCGUGGUGAUAUCUUUAGCUCUAAGUUUCCUGCUUUUUAAGCAGCCUUGUAAAUAUAUAUAUUUAAUCGAUAAUAAUAAUAAUAAAAGAGGAAAAACACACUAAAUCUUGGUAUGUUUUCUGAUGUCGACAUGCAUAAUAUUCUCUAUUUACCAAAACAUUGCAAGUAACUAUAUAUCCUGGUUUCUCAAAGCAGUCUAUAUUGAAAUUCAUUUUUAGGGAGACACCCUUGAGAGAAAAACUUUUUGAUAAUAAUGUGCUUUGUGAAUGCAAUCAUUUACGUCAAUGGUUUUGCAUAGUUGAUAUAAGCAGGAGUCG